CAUACACCUGCCCCCCAAAAAUAUCAAAUCCCUGAUGAUUAUACAGCUGAAACAACUUGGGGUAGAGCUACAGAAGCCGCUAAUUUAUUUCAUGAAGUUCGAACCAAAACAUCAGGAGUAUAUUUAUUUGGUCUUCAUCUUAAAAUAUUAGAUGAAGUAAGGAAAUUUAAGUGGCGAUCAAAUAUAUUAAAGCAAAUUGAUGAUUGUAGUAAUUCCAAUCUUACCAAACAUGCUAUAACUAUUGGAAAAUCCAUGUUGACUGAAUUUAAUGAGAAGGUUUCAAAUCUAUACAAUCCAAAUAAUAUACUAAUAUUGGAAAGUUUAAAUUAUUUAAUUAAAGGACAUGCUUAUGAAAUUAAUUAUGAUGAUUAUGAGAAGAUUAAAAAAAAACAAAAAACUGAAUUGAUAGUUAAAACACUUGAUAAAAAAAAAUUUUCAAGAAAUUCUUACCAAGAUCUAAGUUCAAUAGAGUUUCAUUUGCUAUCUGAAAAAAUGAUAUAUGAAAAACAUCAACUAAUUAAUAAAAUAAUGAUACAAUUUAUACCAAUAUCAACAAUAUAUUUAAAUACUGAAAGUCAAAUAGAUCAAACUGAGAAAGCUGAUGGUUAUAAUGAAUUUAUAGUACAAGAAGUAGUUAAUGCCACUAGAAAAGGUCCAUUAGUUAAUCUUAGAUUAUCUGGAGAUGGGCAUAAUGUUGGAUGGCAAAUAAA